GGAGGUGGCGAAUCACUUAUAAAUGGUGCCGAAGCAGGACCCGAAGCCUAAAUUCCAGGAGGGUGAGCGAGUGCUGUGCUUUCAUGGGCCUCUGCUUUAUGAAGCAAAGUGUGUAAAGGUUGCCAUAAAGGACAAACAAGUGAAAUACUUCAUACAUUACAGUGGUUGGAAUAAAAAUUGGGAUGAGUGGGUUCCGGAGAGCAGAGUACUCAAAUAUGUGGACACCAAUUUGCAGAAACAGCGAGAACUUCAAAAAGCCAAUCAGGAGCAGUAUGCAGAGGGGAAGAUGAGAAGGGCUGCCCCAGGAAAGAAGACAUCUGGUCUGCAACAGAAAAAUAUUGAAGUGAAAACAAAAAAGAACAAACAGAAAACACCUGGAAAUGGAGAUGGUGGCAGUACCAGUGAGACCCCCCAGCCUCCUCGGAAGAAAAGGGCCCAGGUAGAUCCUACUGUUGAAAAUGAGGAAACAUUCAUGAACAGAGUUGAAGUUAAAGUAAAGAUUCCUGAAGAGCUAAAACCAUGGCUUGUUGAUGACUGGGACUUAAUUACCAGGCAAAAACAGCUCUUUUAUCUUCCCGCCGAGAAGAAUGUGGAUUCCAUUCUUGAGGAUUAUGCAAAUUACAAGAAAUCUCAUGGAAACACAGAUAAUAAGGAGUAUGCAGUUAAUGAAGUUGUGGCAGGGAUAAAAGAAUACUUCAACCUAAUGUUGGGCACCCAGCUACUCUACAAAUUUGAGAGACCACAGUAUGCCAAAAUUCUUGCAGAUUGUCCCGAUGCACCCAUGUCCCAGGUGUAUGGAGUGCCACAUCUCCUGAGAUUAUCUGUACAAAUUGGAGCAAUGUUGGCCUAUACACCUCUGGAUGAGAAGAGCCUUGCUUUAUUACUCAAUUAUCUUCACGAUUUCCUAAAGUACCUGGCAAAGAAUUCUGCAACUUUGUUUAGUGCCAGCGAUUAUGAAGUGGCUCCUCCUGAGUACCAUCGGAAAGCUGUGUGAGAGGCACUCUCACUCACUUAUGUUUGGAUCUCCAUAAACACAUUUUUGUUCUUAGUCUAUCUCUUGUACAAACGAUGUGCUUUGAAGAUUGUU